AAACAUAAGCAAGUGAUUAAAUAAUUUUGUAGUGAAUAUAGUGCAAAUAAUUUGUUCUGGUUUAAUAAAAAAAAUAAUUUAAUGUUGUAAUUUGAACAAUGUUUUAAUUAGUUGGUUACUUAUUUUGAGUAUACAUAAUGGAAGUUGUAACGACGAAGGGGGCAGACGAGCAGACGGAUCACCUGAUGGUAAGUGAUUACCGUCGCCCAUGGACACCUGCAACACCAGAGGGGCUACAAGUGCGCUGCCGGCCUUGGAGGGAAGGGUUGAGGGGUAGAGGGAAGGGAGUAGGAUGGAGUUGGGCCUCCUACCCUCACUCACACGACGAAACACAACGCAAGCGUUGCUUCACGUCGGUUUUCUGUGAGGCCGUGGUAUCACUCCGGUCGAGCCGGCCCAUUCAUGCCGAAGCGUGGCUCUCCCACGAAUAGAACGAAUAGUAUAGUAAAUGCCGAAUAGAAUAGUACUAGAAACGAAUAGUACAAUUGCAAAAUUCAAGUCGUUGAGAUUCUAUUGAGAUGCGAUUAUAACGUAAAAAUAAGUAGAAUAGGCCUGUAGGAAGCACCUUUUGUUGUUAACAAAACUAUUUUUCAGAAUAAAAACAAUAUCGAAAUAGAUCAAAUGUUCUGUUCUUUAUUUAUCGCCAUUCAUUAUUUCUGUAUUCUAUAUCGAGACGAUAGUAUGUGUUUCUUCUAUAGUCUAAGCUUGUACCUCAGCAAUAAAUUAAUACAGCAAUGGCCAUAAUAGGCAUCAUGAGAUGAUGAUUAAUUUCGAGUUCGUCGACGCCGCAAUGGUUAGCGUAUUUGGUCUGCGAUAGCAAAGGUCCGAAUGUUUUUUACUUCAGAACGCACGUUAAGACGUUGGUCCCGGCCGCAUAUGCAGUUAACACCCGCUGAUUCGUACUCUGCUCGCGCGGCGAGUAGUGGCCUGCGUGAUUCUACCCACCGGUGCCCCAGCAUUGAUGACGUUAAUGACUGAUGAUUAUGAUAUUGUUUCAGGGACACCUGCGCGCGAGCAUGUUCGCGCUUGCUGCGUGUAACGUUGGCUCGCUUGCUGUCGCCGCUAACCUUGUACUUACGCUCGACCCGGAGGACAGAAUCUCAGUGAAGCGCGGCCUGGCGUUGACUGUGCUCGGGUUCGCUUACUUCGCGUCGUUGUUCGAGCUGAUCAAUGCGGCGGCGCUGUCCACCGGCGCCGGCACACGACUCCGUCACAAGUACAGGCUCAGCUGCGGGGAGGUGUUCGACAUUAGCAACAAAAUGGUGUCGGCGGUGCAGGCGGCGCUGUCGUGUGUGACGGGCGCGGUGGUGGUGGCGUGGUCGUGCCCGCGCGACUUCCUGCGGACUUCACACUUCAUGUCCGAAGCAUACGCGUGGUUCGGCACCUCCUACUUCUUCUACGACAUAUGGUCUAUGUAUAUGGUACACGUUCAGAUGUGUAGUAGUGGUGACUACAAGAGUAAAGCUCAGAAGAAGGUUAGCAAGAACGGUGACGCGUCACUGUCUAUGGGAGAUAAUCUGAACACGGACAUGAAUCAAGCAAAGCCCGUCUCCAUCAGACCCACCUUCCUGGAGUACUGCAAGUACGAGCCUGUGAUACUGAUGCAUCAUCUCUUUAUAGGAGGCUUUGGGUUUCUUGUAAUAGUGUACCUUCGCGGCGACCUUGGCGAUUGCACGUUCGGCUUCGUGUAUCUCAUGGAGCUGUCGACGCCGUUCGUGUCCGCGCGUGGGGUACUAGCGCGCCUCCGUCUCAAGCACACCCGCUGGUAUCUCGUCAACGGACUCCUGAUGCUCGCCACCUUCUUCCUGUGCCGCGUCUGCUCGCUGCCCUACGUCUGUCUGCUGCACAGCCGAGCCCUCAACAUACCGUAUCUACAGGCAAUAAAGUCGUUGCCAACGGGAUGCAAGAUAUCGAUCUGCAUUCUGCUUCUGCCGCAACUCUACUGGUUCUACUUAAUGUCGGCGGGUGCGAUACGCAUGUUAGUCGGCGGGCAACGCUCCACCAACUCGUCCGCUGCUUCCACCCCCGCUACCCCCGGACCCGCACCAUCCCCCGCCACCGCGGUCAAGUCCAGCUGAUGGCGGCGGAAAAAACGCGCGCGCCGCCACGCCAGUGCCCGCUAGCAUACACAGGGAAGUCGAUUAUUAUUCAUUUGAAAAACGAAAUUUAGGCAAUACUGAUGCGAUUCUUCGAAGCGACAUUGAUGUCCAGUUAGCACAUCAUAUUUUACUUUGCCUGAUUUCUUAGAUCGAUUUUGAACCUUAAUGGUAUACAGUUAGAGUUUGAAAUUAACUCGCUUUAUCAUUUUGCGUUGACUCGCUGUGCUGCUAGGUGAUCCGAUGUUUUCGAUUAGUGAGUUUAUCGGUGACAAUUACGUUACCUCCGACGAGAAGAGAGUAAGAGAUUCUUCUAAUUUAUUUUAAUUACGAAAUAUACAGGACCGUGUUGUUUUGUCUCAGAGUUCACUUUUGUUUGUGCUUCGCUUUAUAUGACUACGUGCUUAUUUGAAAAGUAUAUUUGAUUGUUCAUUGUCCUUGUCCCUUUGCGGCGUUUCCAUAUUUUCGUUAUUGGACAGUCGG